AUGCAUAGUGACCAACGAUCAGAAUUUGUCACAAUUAUCCCGUUGUCGAUCGAGAAGCUGUCGACUGGCAAUCCGGCAAUAUUCCAACUCCGUAUCUUCACUGGAUCUCCAAGCGUGUCCGCGAUACGAAACACUUCAGAGCAAGGAACUUCCAAUUUGAUACACAGUUCGUGCCAUUCCUGUGAAAUUCCGGCUCGAAAGUCCACGGUGAAUGGUCCCAGUCUUCUGAGACAUCUAAAAAAUGGUCACUCAGCUGUCCUGUCUAGGCUUGGGCAACCGGACAGCAUUCCAGCCCUCGUGCUUUCUUCGGGUAGCAUGGCAGUUGAUCCUGAAGAGCCUGGAAUUUGGCCUGUACUUCAUCCAGAGCCGCUUUCUUUUCCGCCAACCUGGCCAUCUAAGAGUGAAAAUAUUUACCAUGCUUGGUAUGACGAUAUAAAGAAGGGUGGAGAAGUUCUGAGAGAAUGCAACGGGAAACUAUCUGUACCCAUGGUUCAAGAUCCAAUAGACAAUGAAAACAGUCUGUGUCUCCAUUGGAGUGUGACAGAAAACAAGAACAGAGAGAGAGAGAAGAGAGAGAAAGAGAGAGAGAGGAAAACAUACCAUUACUUACCAGUAGGUCCCACCAACAGCAAUGGGAUCCGAUUGAUGGUGUACAAAUUGAGGAAGAAGUUCAUUCGUGCUGUUUCUAUUGUUGUCACAAUAAUCUCACUGGAGUCAGAUUCGUUCUGUGGGAUGGGAGAUGCCGGGGAGCCGGCAUUUUCACCGCCAUCUAUCCCCUCGGUCUUGGGUAUCGGUUCCGAUGAGGGUAGAAUAAAUUGGCUCCACUCCUGCCACGAGCCUGCGGAUCGUUUGUCGAACCAGAAAUCGUACACGGUCAAUCGUUCAGGCACCGAGUUACCCUUUAAGGAACCUUAUAUAUGUGUAGAACCAACAAUGGUUGUGUUUCUUGAUCUGAAAGCUGCCUCUGACUUUGUGUACCGUCAGGUACUCUGGCAGUGUCUGUGGAGCAAAUUGCUGACCCUCCUUAAGGUGCUGUACGCCAACUCCCGCGGUCGUGUAGAGGUCUACGGGAAGCUCUCUCCUGAGUUCACCACAUCAAGUGGUGUCCGACAGGGCUGUCCUCUUUCACCUUUCCUCUUCAACUUCGUCAUUGAUACGAUCAUGGAAGACUCAAUACCAGCCUCUUAUGCUUGUGAGAUCGAAGUGCUCCCGGGGCCUCCGCUAACAAAUAUCAAACAAUAUUAA